UAUGUUAAACGGUUUUAGGGUUUUUGCCAUUUGCGUUUUGUGAUUUGCGAUUCCCUUUUCUCUCAUUUUCCUCACUCACAACCUUUACGUCGACCACCAUGACUGCUCAGACCCAAGAAGAGCUUCUCGCUGCUCAACUGGAACAACAGAAAAUCAAUCAUGAUGAGCCUGUUGUUGAGGAUGAUGUCGAUGAUGAGGAUGAAGAUGAUGAUGACAAGGAUGACGACGAAGUAGAGGGGGCACAUGAUGGAGAUGCUAGUGGUAGGUCAAACCAAACCAGAAGUGAAAAGAAGAGUCGAAAAGCCAUGUUGAAGCUGGGGAUGAAGCCCAUCACCGGUGUCAGCAGAGUCACUGUGAAGAAGAGCAAGAAUAUUUUGUUCGUUAUCUCAAAGCCCGAUGUGUUCAAGAGCCCAACUUCAGACACAUAUGUCAUCUUCGGUGAGGCAAAGAUUGAAGAUCUUAGCUCACAACUUCAAACACAGGCAGCAGAGCAGUUCAAGGCUCCAGACUUGGCCAGUUCCAUAUCUAAGCCUGAAACUUCUGCAAUGGCCCAAGACGAUGAGGACGUUGACGAGGAAGGAGUUGAACCAAAGGACAUUGAGUUAGUUAUGACACAAGCUGGAGUUCCCAGGGGAAAGGCAGUCAAGGCACUCAAGGCUGCGGAUGGAGAUAUUGUUUCUGCUAUUAUGGAACUGACCAAUUGAUAGUUUGGUCUUUUUUUCUAUUAUGAUUAUGAUGUUUAGUUUAGUCGUUAGUGUUUCCUGAAGAAGUGAAAUUUGAGGAGUUUUGAGAGGUUGUUUGUUUCUUUUUCAGCUUUUGUACCCGUAUAAACUGUUGAGAAUAUCUUAUAUGUGAUGAAGCAAAGCACUUGUUUGAUUGA